AAUCACAAUGUUAGUAUGGUUGUUAGUUUGGUUAGUUUACACAAGCAGUUUACAAAAUAAUAUUUUAUAAUGGAGGCUUCUUAUUGUUUGUGUGGUCAGCCUUACGAUCCUAAUAUAUUUAUGAUACAAUGUGAUGCAUGCAAAGACUGGUUUCACAGCAGUUGUUGUAAUUUUCAAGAACAUUUAGCCAUAGAAAUUGAUAAAUAUCACUGUCCAAAAUGUGCUCCAAUAUUUGGUCCAUCAAUAUAUAAACCGUAUCGUAAUUGGCACAGACAUGACUAUUGGGACGAAGAGGCGACAACAAAGCCUGUUCAAACAGGAACUGGAGUUUUUAUUAGAGAGUUAUUGGCGAGACAUUUUGCAAGUGAAGGAGAGGUUGUUAUACAUAUGAGAGGUCAGCAGAUUACGGAAACGCUGUUUCAACAACAAGGAUUCAACAACCCUAUUGUGGUUGAUGGAAAAGACGGAUUAGACAUGACCCUUCCCCCUGAUAAUUUCAGUCUCUAUGAUGUGGAAUCAUAUGUGGGUGGGGACGUAGAAAUUGAUGUAAUAGACGUCACUAGACAAUGUAAUAUAAAAAUGAAAUUACGAGAUUUCGUAGAAUACUAUAACAGUUUAAACAGAACAAGGGUUUUUAACGUGGUCAGUUUGGAAUUCUCAAAGACAGCUUUAGCACCUCUUGUGGAAGCCCCCUUAAUAGCCCGCAAGUUAGACUGGGCUAACAUCGUCUGGCCUCGCGAUUUUCCUUUAGAAAGGCCACAAGUCCAAAAAUAUUGUCUGAUGAGUGUUAAAGAUUCCUACACCGACUUUCAUAUUGACUUUGGGGGCACUAGUGUGUGGUACCAUGUUUUAAGGGGCGAAAAAAUUUUCUAUCUCAUAAGACCAACCCCCGCAAAUUUAACUCUUUACCAGCAAUGGAUGACGUCAAGCAAUCAGAGUGAAACAUUUUUUGGCGAUCAGGUUGAUCGGUGUUAUAAAUGUAUUUUGAGACAAGGACAAACCAUGAUGAUACCAACAGGAUGGAUUCAUGCCGUUUUGACACCGAUUGAUUCGUUGGUUUUUGGGGGAAAUUUCCUCCAAAGUUUCAACAUACCAAUGCAACUAGCGGUGUAUGACAUCGAAAAGAAGGUGAAAACCGACGCCAAGUACAGGUAUCCAAAUUUCGAACUAAUCAAUUGGUUCGCUGCCACGCAUUUAUUAAAAAAAAUGUCUGAACUCAACAGUGAAGACAGAAAAUGUCCAAACAAUUUACUUGUCGGACUUAAAACUUUAUUAAUAACUUUGAAACAAUGGAAUUCGGAGAAAGAUUACAAUACAAGUGUCAGGGAUCAAAUCCCAUACACGGUAAAUCCAGUUCAGUUAUUGAAAGACAUGUCGCGCGAAAUAAGACAUGCGGAACGAAUUAUUAAUCAGCUAAAUCCACCAAAACCGGAACGUGAGUCAAAACGGAAAAGGAGAAGACCUAUAAAUCGGGAUUUCGUUGAUUAUUCUCUUUCACCUAAAUCCUCUGCUCAAGAUUUUAUAUCAGAAACAAAAGUUGUUGAAUAUGCUCGCCCACCUUUGAAAAUAUCUCUUCCCAAACCAGUGACUUACCCAUAUGAUAGACCAAAUUUCAUGGAACAACGAAUUAAUGUAGAUGACCAAAGUUGGUUAUCGCCCCAGUUUUCGCGUCCUGAACAAACAACAGCCAUACACAGAGGCGGUGCUGUCUUAAAAUUCAAAUUAGGAUCUAAGGAUAUUCUGCCACACAGCCACCCUGACAUUCCAGAAGAACAGUUUGAUUUCAAAUCUGUAUAUGAUUUCCAUGAUGAAAGUGAUAGAGAUGAAGACUGCUUUAAUUUUACAAUCGACGAGAAUCCGCCUCCGAAAAAAAGCAAAAAGCAAAAUUCGGCGAAAUUCAAAUUUCCAGCGAAUUACGACGAGAAAACGAAAAAAGGGAAGGAACCGAUGAUAGAUAUCGACGGUGAUUUACCAAAAAACGGCAUAGAAUCAUUAUUGAAAGCUUCAGCUUUGACCACAACUGACAACAAUGGGCGAGCUUCACCUUCUACACAAGAGGCUAUAGCUGGGAUGCUCUCCAUUAGCCAAACCUACCUGCAAUCGGGUAAAGUCAACGCUAGAUCUGUACGAAAAUACAGCAGUAGUCCGCCUUUAGAAGACGGAAAUCUUAAUAACGUCCACCAGGACGAAGAUUACGUUUAUCCGUCUUUGGAUAAUUCAGACGACGAGGAUAUACACAUAUUCAAACCUCGCGGGCGUUCAAAAAUCGACGAGGCUUGGAAUCCGAAGGCUAGAGUAGGUCCCUUAUUACCGAAAAUGAACAGACCGGCAAGAGAAGGUACGAAAAAACAGUCGGUUGAGAAGGUUUUAGAGGCCGCUGCUGCGAGAAGAGCGAAUGAAACGCCAGAAAAAGCACCGAAAAGGCAGUACAGACGAAAAAAAAUUAAACAAAAAUUGGAGAUUAAAAGUCCAGCUUCUAAUACGAUUUCAGUGGGAAGUAGCUCUUCAACCUCAACUCCUAAGCCUAGGAAAGGUAUGAAAACAGUUAAACAACGACUAGGGAAAAUCUUGAAAAUUCAUAAAAUGAUGCAUUGAUAAUAAUUUAUCUGUAUUAAUUAACACUAGUUUUGAUUGCGUUAUUAAAUUCUCAGAUGUGUUCACGAUAAAAGGAACAAGCACCACAAGUAAUCUUUAUUUAUUGUUAUUGUUGUUUCUCUUAUUAGAUAAAUUUAUACUUUCAUAGUCAAUUUUUUUUUAACGGCAAAUAUUUUUCCCGCUUGAUCCAUUCAUCGUGAAUGUUAGUUAAUUUUUAGUUUUGAUUAUAAUACUCAGUGCCAUGAUGAAGUGGCACAUGCUGUUUGUCAGUAUUUUUUCUUACGGUAAAAGUAACAUUAAUUAGGUAUAUGGUAUUUGUAAUUGGUUAGUUUUGUUGGUAUUGCAAGUUUUCUAUUUUGUAUAUAUUGAGUCUCGAUUAAUUUAAUUAUGAAUGAAUCAUUUUUUGUAUAAUUAUAAAGUAUUGAAAGAUAAUCAGGGAAUUUUAAUUUGUAAUUAUUCAUGAUGUAAAUAUUGUUAAUUUCUGUGAUCGUGCAAAAAUAAAUUUUGCAUUUUAACAUAGUUUUAAAUCGUAAUAAAAGUUUUUAUUUACUUACGUCUCGUGGUAAGUAAAUGAUUACAAAUUCAUUGAUAAAUUAAUUAAAAAAUGAAUUGUUAUUAAGAUAAUACACACAUUUCCACAAAGUUUGUUUUUAUUACCUAUUCUUGCACUUAAAAAAAAUAUAUGUAAUUU